AGUAUUCUGACAAAGGUUGUCUGUUUUGUUUCGCUGAUAAGUGAUCGUGAAUAAAAACGUCGUAGCAUUGCUUUUUUGUAAAGAAAACUUACACAAAUUGUCGAGUUUUUCGAGAGGAGUGAAUUAAAAGUCUUAAGGCGAAAUGGAGAACUCCUCUAGCAGCUGUGGAUCAGCGACGUCUAACAGCUUGGAUCGCCUUAAAAUGCUUUAUCCUUUCGUUAAUGAAGAGGACACGCCACUGCCUCGCUGUUGGAGUUCUAAAGAUAAAUACAAUUUCAUUGGCCUGUCACAAAAUAAUCUUAGAGUUCAUUAUAAAGGUUACGGAAAAACACACAAAGAUGCUGCAAGUGUAAGAGCUACUCAUCCUAUUCCAUCAGCAUGUGGUCUGUAUUAUUUUGAAGUAAAAAUUGUCAGCAAAGGACGAGAUGGGUAUGCAUUAGAUGUAUUAGUAGUAAAAAAAUUUUCUCAUUUUCAUCUCCUCUUGGUUUUGUGUAGGUAUAUGGGAAUUGGUCUGUCAGCUCAAGGAGUUAACAUGAAUCGGUUACCUGGCUGGGAUAAACAUUCUUAUGGUUAUCAUGGUGAUGAUGGUCACUCGUUUUGCUCAUCUGGUUCUGGUCAACCUUAUGGACCAACUUUCACAACAAACGACGUCAUCGGCUGUGGAGUAAAUCUCAUCGAUAACACCUGCUUUUACACAAAGAAUGGACACAAUCUUGGAACGGCCUUUGCCGACUUGCCUUCAAACCUGUACCCCACCGUUGGAUUACAGACUCCAGGUGAAAUUGUAGACACCAACUUUGGUCAGUCUCCCUUUGUAUAUGACAUCGAAGAUGAUAUGAGAGAACUCAGGGCGCGUGUUGCAUCCACCAUUCUUAAUUACCCCAUUCCCGACAAACAAGGUCAUUGGGAAGCUUCAUUACAAAGAAUGAUAGCCACAUAUUUAGUACAUCAUGGUUAUUGUUCAACGGCUGAAGCGUUUGCACGAUCCACCGGUCAAGAGUUCGGUGAAGAAGUAGCUUCAAUAAAAAAUAGGCAACGAAUCCAACGUCUGGUGUUGAGUGGAAGGAUGGGCGAAGCAAUUGAGACUACACAGACUUUGUAUCCGACCCUUCUUGAUUCUCGUCCCAACUUGUUGUUUUUGUUGAAAGUUCGGCAGUUCAUUGAAAUGGUUGGCGGGUCGGAUUCAGAAGUUCGUUCAACAACCAACAGAAGUCCGAAAUCACAAAAUUCUGGUAGUCCAAGCAUGAGCCCAAAUUAUGGUGGAUUCGGAACUUCACAGGGAGCUCACUCCAGUUUAAGGUCUCGGUCGAGAUCACGAAGCUCGAGUCCCGGUCAUUCUUCAGUACAAACAUCAGUUAUUCAAUCCACUAAAGCUUUUUCUCAACAUCUCAAUGGGUCAUCUGCAACUGCUGCGUCAUCAGAUAUGCAGGAAGAAACGGACAAUGACGUGGAAAUGAAUGGAGCCUCACAGAACGGUUCACAUUCUGGUACUGGGGAGACACUGGUAGAUCCUGGCGUAAAAGAAGACAGCAUCCUUGAAAUGGAAGUUGAUGUCGCAGGUCCUAGCAAUUGCACACGACGCCAAUUAUGUGGUGGCAACCAGGCAGCGAUGGAGAGGACACUUGACUUCGGCAAAGAGUUGCAAACCCUUAGUGUCACUCUUCGAAGACAACACGGAAAGAACGAUGCCAAUAAAAAGAUGUUAAGGGAUGCCUUUAGCUUAUUGGCGUAUGCCGAUCCUUGGAAAAGCCCAGUUAGCGAACAGCUUGACCCCGUCCAGCGAGAACCCGUUUGCGCUGCUCUCAACUCAGCCAUAAUGGAGUCUCAUCACUUACCCAGAAGGCCCCCCAUGGAGCUGGCCAUUGGACAUGCCAGAGAACUUUUGCGACUCAUGGCCCAGAACGGUCUCGGCUCGUGCGCCUUUGCUAAUAUUGAUCAUCUAUUGCAACCUUAGUUAAUAAUUUCAUUCGGCCAAGAAAUGUGCGAAUGCGAACUGUGUUGUCUGAUGUUUAUUUUUGCGUUUUUUUUUCUGUCCUGCUGUUUCCCUCUUAACUGUGAAUCCCAAUCAACCAAACAAACUAAAAAAUAACACUAUAUAAAAAAAAAGCUACAAAGUUUCUUUGUAUACCCACAUUACACAUUUGGGCUGAUUCAUUCAUUUCUGUUACACAUUGGGUGGUAGAUUCGUGUGUUUGAAUCUGAUGGUCUUCUCUCUCAUCUCUCACUUUUGUUUAUUUUGUAUCGUUUCUGGCAGACAUUGCCGUUGUGCAAAUGUCUUUAAAGGUGUGUAGUACAUUGACAACUAAAGAGUACACUGAUCACGAAGAA